GAGAAACUUUCAUUCUGACAGCUACAUUCACAACUCACAUGCACACCACUCCCACGAUUUCAACAAUUUAUGCAAAUUAAUCUAUUAAAAUAACAAAUCUUAAUUUAAAAACCCCCAUCGAACAAAAUUCACAUUUUAAGUCUAAUCCUAUCUACACAAGUCACAACGUCUCCUCUCACAAAUGACCAAACGAUCACCACCACCAAUGGCGCCGUAUCUCAUGGCACUUGUCCUAUUCAUCACCAUCUCCUCCGCCGUCGCCGCCGCAACCGGAUACAAAAACCACACAGUAGGCGGCACCUCCGGAUGGUUUUUCAACUCAACCACCAACACGCCCGCCACAAAUUACUCUUCCUGGGCUUCCACUCAAAUUUUCAACCUCGGCGAUUAUCUCAUUUUCAACACGAACUCAAACCAGAGCGUGAUUCUCACCUACAACAACACCGCUUACUUGAACUGCACCGCCGAUGAUUCCGACAACGGAACAUUCAUAUACAGUAGCGGAACAGAUCGUUUCAACCAGGCGUUGACUAUUCCCGUUCCGUUGACUAUUGUGGGACCCAACUACUUCUUCUCCGACACUAGCGACGGUGUUCAGUGUCAGCACGGUUUGGCAUUUGAGAUCCAAGUCCAGCGUGGUAUUGGCUUGCCGCCGAGUCUCAACCAGCCUCCUCCGCCGCCUUAUAACGAGCCGCCUGGUCCUGAUAAUGCUCAAUCUCCGACGGUUACGGUAGCGGAUAUACCUAAGAAUGGCGCGUUAUCGAAAAGCGCUGACGUGCGCGUGGUGGUUUAUGGGUUAGGAGCAGUGAUGGUAUUGUUGCAGUUUUGGUGAGCCAUUGGGAUAAGUUUUACAGUUCAAUUCAUUUUUAGAUGGAUAAUAGAACUUGUUUUUGUUUUUUUUAGAUUUUACUUAUAGAUUUUUAUUUGAGUUUUUUCUUUUGUGGGACAGAGUUUAAUUAUUUUUUAAGUUUGUUAUUGACAACUUUUCUCUGAUUAGUAGUUAUGUAUUUAAUUUACUGCAUUUGAUCGUAUUUAUAAUAUACAAGAAUAAAUAUGCUUUUGUUUUUUUUGUCA